AUGCCGGAGAAGCGACUCCGAUGCUUUGAGGAGAGUCAGCUCGUGUCUCUCGACCCCAUCAAGCAGUUUGGAAACUGGUUUGAUGAAGCCACCAAGUGUCCUGAAAUAGGAGAGCCCAAUGCCAUGUGCCUCGCCACUGCCACCAAUGAUGGACGUCCGUCCGCUCGCAUGGUCCUCCUGAAAGGUUACAGCAGUGAAGGUUUCCGUUUCUUCACCAACUAUGAGAGCAGAAAGGGCUGCGAGCUGGAGAGCAAUCCGCAUGCAUGCCUGGUCUUCUACUGGGAACCGCUGAACAGACAGAUUCGCAUUGAAGGCACCGUGGAGCGGAUCCCCUACCAGAGCUCCUGCGAUUAUUUCCACUCCCGGCCAAAGAGCAGCCAGGUCGGCGCUGUCGUGAGCCGACAAAGCACUACUGUGCCUAACAGAGAUUAUCUGAGGCAGAAAAAUGCAGAACUGGAGGAGAAGUACAAGGACACAGAGGUGCCUAUGCCUGAUUACUGGGGCGGCUACAUCGUAAAGCCUUUUUCAAUCGAGUUCUGGCAGGGACAGACGAACAGACUUCACGACCGCAUCGUCUUCACCAAGCUGAAGGACGGAGAGUCCGAGCUGGGAGAGUUUCAGCACGCUGCAGAGGGAGGCUGGGUGUACCAGCGACUGUCCCCAUGAGGAGCAUCAGCAGACUGUGAAAUAAAGGAGAGGACACGUUUCAUCUCGACUAUCACUGAUUUAAAAAGAUCACCAUCUUUACCUCACAUUAAUAACCUUGCGUAGGUGCUGUUGUGCACGGUUUAUCAACAAGCCAAAUGUCACUGUGCUGUCUUUGAGGUGAACCAUGUGUGCUAAGUGGAUAAGUGGAGCAGCGUGGCGCAAUCUGACUGUGCAACUUUUGAGUUUUCCGUGUUUUGUAAUGGAAAAGGGCACUGGCCUGAAAAAGUGGAGCAAACUUUACCCACUCAAAAUAGUGAUUAACAGUAUGGCUGUGGUUGUUUAACAGUGCAGUCGUUGACCUUCUAGGUCCUAGAAGGUCAACGACCAUGAAACAGUUUUCAUGUCCU